UAUAUAUAGUUUACAUUUAUAUAUAUUUCUUUUUAAUGGCGGUUUCCGGGUUUGAAGGGUUCGAGAAGAGGCUUGAGCUACACUACUUCUCCGGCGAUGAUCCGGCCACCGGAAAGGGCCUCCGGCGACUGGACUUCUUUUCACUGGAGAAGGUGCUGCAUGCGGUGCAGUGCACCGUAGUGUCAGCUGUGGGGAACAAAUACUUUGACUCUUAUGUGCUGUCGGAAUCGAGUCUCUUUGUUUACCCUACAAAAGUCAUCAUCAAGACUUGUGGGACCACUCAGUUGCUCAAAUCCGUCCGUCCAUUGGUGGACUAUGGUCUUACGUUGGGCCUCACCUUAUGUGGGUGUAGGUACACCCGUGGCAGCUUCAUUUUCCCGAGUGCACAACCCUACCCUCAUACAAGCUUCAAAGAAGAAGUUGUCUAUUUGGAAGAAAAUUUGCCCAAUAAUCUUUCCUGUAAGAAGGCUUCAAUCAUGAACUCCAAAUUUUGUUACAAGUGGCAUGUUUUCACUGCUUGUGAUGAAGGGCGCAUGGUAGGUAUGGACGCAGGCGAUUUGUACACGGUGGAAAUUUGCAUGACUGAGCUGGAUCGGGUCUUGGCCAAGAAGUUCUUCCGCCGGUUCAAUGAUGGGAAAACCGGUGACUCGGCCGGGAGAGAGAUGACGGAGGUAACGGGUAUAAGAGGCGUUAAUAAGAAUGCUCUUAUUUGUGAUUACGCAUUCGACCCUUGUGGUUAUUCAAUGAAUGGAAUUGACGGAAAUCGUUACUCGACCGUGCAUGUUACUCCGGAGGAUGGGUUCAGCUAUGCAAGCUUCGAGUGUGUCGGUUCAAUUUACGAUGACAAGGAGGAGAUUCUUGAGGUUCUAAAGAAAGUUGUCAAGAUUUUUCGACCUGGGGCGCUGUCGGUGUCGACGACGUGUCCAGCUGGUCACCAGCUCUGGAGGGGGAUGUCGAAGGCAAUUGAGCCGCUAGGUUUGAGAUUGAGGAGUUUUGCGGCAGACGAGUUCCCAAACGCUGAAAAUGUCAUUUUUCAAUCGUUCACCACACGUCGGAAAUAGGGCAGAGCACGGCAGCAGAGCCGACGGUGCAGCAAUUGGAGGUGGCCACUGCUAAUUUGAUUAAAAAAAAAAAAAAGAGUAAAGGGGUGCAUGAGAAAUUUUCUAGGAUUUAGGUGGAAUUCUUUUUUAUUAUUUUUUUCUUUUGUUUUCUUUGUUAUUAGGAAAUAUAAACAUUGGUUAUGCAUGCUAUGUUGAUGUCA